GCUUUUGCAAUCCAUAAAACCCAGGUGUCAGGAGGAAGUCAAACCUCAAAGCUGCCAUGGAGUCCUGGAACACACACACACUUGGGACUGCUGCCAAGGGGAGAGCGAUGAAUCCUGCUUACCCAAAUGCACCUCUCUCUGCCGAGGAUGUUCCAUUGCAGGAGCCUCCUGGUUACAUGUACCCCGGACAGCUUCAUACCACCACAGCUGCAGGGGGUCACAACACCAUUGUCCUCCAAGCUGAGCCCCCGAGGGACCACAUCAUCUGGUCCCUCUGUUGCUUUUUGUACUCCAACCCACUGUGCCUGGGACUGGCAGCUCUCAUCUUCUCCAUCAAGUCCAGAGACCGGAAGGUAGCUGGUGACCUGGAAGGCGCCCGUCACUACGGCGCCACUGCUCGCUGUCUCAACAUUGCAGCCACCAUCAUAGCAUGCAUCACAGUUAUCAUUGCCAUUGUUGGUGUUGCUCUUUUGGUAAAGUCAUGGUUUUAUUACGGACAAUAUGAUAUUAAUAUAAACAGCAAUAUAUACAACAAUAGAAAUUAUGGAAAAUGAGUGUUGUCUUCGACUCUAACUUGAAAUUUGCUUCUGAAAUUAGAGUUGCUGUUUUUAGAUGUCAUUGUUUCACUCCCAUCUUUGAAAAGAUAAAAAAAAGAAAGAAAAAAUAAAAAGAAAUGUAAUUUUAAACCUUUUUUGCUCUCAUGGUCUCAAACUAAUACUGUUUUGUUGAUAUUUGCCAGAUUUUGUUCUUGAAGCUCAUGCAAGAAGAUUUAUAACCAAAUGCUCUAACAGCUUUCUAAUGACAAAACUGAAACUGUAUUUUAACUCUAAAUUAAAAACUAUGAAACAAA